AUGUCCGACCCAACUAGAAAAGGUUUCACUGAGAAGGUUUCUGAAAAUGUCAAGCCUCAAGAACAAAAGAGCUACUUAGAGCAAGGUAAGGAAUACUUGACAGAUAGUGCCGACAAGGUUCAAUCCAAAAUUCAUCCAGAGCAAGACAAGUCUGCUACCCAAAAAGUAGGUGAUACUCUUGAAGGUAAGUCUGGGGGUAAGCAAGAAUCAUGGAGCGAAACUGCUCAACGUUACGGUGAACAUGCAAAGGAAUACGCUGAGCAGGCAAGAGAAAAGAUUAACGACACCAUCAACUCUCACACUGGUGGAUCAUCUGGUGGUACCCAUGGUCCUAAAUAA